ACAGAAUGUUGUUGAUAGUGGCGAUCAAUUUAACAUGAUCAGUCUUGCACUGGAAUGGAUUAAAUUUGGAAGCAAGAGUAAAAGAUUUGAUUUCAAGAGGGGGACAGCCGAAUAAUUUAGAUGAAUAGCAGAAGUCCCGUUUUCUACAGCGCCGAUGCAGUGCGUCGUGUGCUCAACUGGCCGAUGGUCAACGAGGCUGUGGAGACGGCGCUCAAGGCAGUCGUCGCAACCCCAACGAUUCAGGAUGAUAAACAACAGGCACCACCGUAUUCCCAAUCACAUGUAAGUCAGCCGGCUCGCAGCGUUACCAGUGCCAACAAGGAACACAGCAAAAUGCUGCUGACGAUGCCCGCUUUCGUGGGCAACUAUCGACUAACGUCGAACGGAAUGGGCGACGAUUCCAGCGCAGUGUCCUGUUCGACUCUGGCCUGCAAGGUGGUCACCUCGUUCCGGAGCAACCAGUUGCUGCAGCCACCGCUACCGAGCAUAAGUGCCAACAUUCUGCUCUUCGAUCCGGGAACGGGCGAACUGAAUGCCAUUAUGGCCGGCACGGACAUCACCACAUGGCGGACGGUCUCUGCUUCGUUGGUGGCCACCAAAUACUUGUUCUUCCGUCGCUUUGGGCCACAUGCGGAACGAGAGCUGGCCAUCAAUGUGGCCAUCGUGGGCUGUGGCGUCCAGGGACAACUGCAUGCCGCCGCCAUGUGCGCCAACUUCAAGGUGAAUCAGCUAAAUCUCUACAAUCGCACGGAGUCGAAGGCGCAACAGUUGGCCAACCAGCUGGAAGAACAGAUCCUGAAAGCCGACAACAACUGUAAUGCCCCAAACAAAGUCAACAUCAAGGUGUGCAGCUCGGCAAGAGAGGCUGUCCAACAAGUGGAUGUCAUCUGCGUUGCGACCUACUCCAAGGAGGCGCUCAUCCAAGCCAGCGAUCUGCGCGACAAGCGAUCCGUCCACAUCAACGCUGUGGGCGCUGGCGAGGUGCACUUCGGUGAGGUGGCCGCUGACAUCUAUGAGGAGUCCCUGGUCUACGUUGACUGUAUGUCAAAUGCUGAGCACGAGCUGCACGGCCUACCCGCCCCAAUAGUCGGCGAGCUGGGCGCCGUUAUAAUCGGUGGCAGUUAUCCAACUGAGCAGGCAGUGACCAUAUUCCAGUCGAUGGGCAUGGCAUCGGAGGAUGCUUGUGUGGCCGAGGCGGUACAGAUGGCACUUGCAUCCUGCGGCAAGUAAUGCGCACAUUCCACGUGGCCAGCAAGGAUACGCAAGCUGGACAUGCUAUUAACUAAAAGCCAUUAUGCAUAAUGCCUUAAUCUGACUUGUUGUUGCUGCAAGCAAAUAAAAUAAUAAAAUAAUAUUAACGAUUAAUGAAAAAAAA